GUCACGUGACCUAGCAGCCGCGUAGAAGAAGGAUUGAACGGCAACAACAAAUAUGGAGGUGCCCCUGUUUAAUUACACACCGGAGAGGUACUGGACGGAGGAGAAAGAGAGGGCGCUCAUAGCGUUUUUCUCCAAGCAUAGUUGUCUUUGGAACCACAAGUCAGAGAGCUACAAGAACCGACAGCUGCGAUGGAAGACCCUGGAACACCUCAGGAUCCUUCUCUCAGCUCACCCCCCACCUGUUACUUUCACAGUGGAAGACAUUAAAAACAAGUUUAAAAACCUUCGUACCACCUUUCAGCGUCAGUACAAAAUGAUGAAAGCGAACAAGGUGUGCAGGUCGGACAACGUGUUCCUGCCGCAAUGGAAGUACUACCAGCAGCUGAUGUUCCUGCAGGGCUGCUGGGACCAGGAUGACGGCCCUGACGAUCAGUCACUCUCGCUGCUGACUGUUCCACAGGAGGAGAGCCAGCCAAUCCUCACUUCCCCAGGGCUAAUCAUCUCCUUCCUCCCCACGCUGUCCACCUCCUCUUCGUCCUCCUGCAUUGCCUCCAACAUGAUGGUUAAAUGUUAUUGGACUGAAGAGAGGGAACGUGCACUAAUAGCUUUCUACUCUGAACAUAACUGUCUCUGGAACAAGAAGUCAGAAAACCACAACAACCGUCAGCUCAGACUGAGGCUGCUGGAGGCUCUGAGGAGCCAGCUGUCUGACCACUCAGUGUCUUUCUCAGUUGAAGACAUGAAGUGCAAGUUCAAGAACCUUCGGACAGUUUUCAACCGUGAAUACAAGGCGGUCCAGGCCAGCAAGGUGUCUGACAAACCCUACGUGUCCAAAUGGAAACACUAUCAACAGCUGCUCUUCCUCUGCGAGUCCUGCGACGAAGACGACAGCCCAGACGACCUACAGAUACUGAUGCCACAAGAAGACAUGGAGCUGGAACAUGGAAACCAAACACUCUCUUCCACCCUGAGCAGCUUCUCCUCCAGCUCCACCCAAAUCAACAACAUCAAGUUUGAUAAACUCUCUGGUCCCUCCAGCGAUGCCAAAAUCAACACAAGCCCCGCCUACCAAAUCUUCCCCUCUGCGUCUCCAGAUAAUCUCAAACAAGCCAGCCAAACAACUGCUUCCACAUUCUCCACCACUCCAUCGACUUCACUACCAGACACCAAACCUUGUACAAACUCUUCUCUAAAUUCUUCCAGUUCAGUUCAGCCUGACAGCAGACUGAGCACCAACUCCCGCUGUCACUGGAGCGAGGCCAAAGUUCAGCAGCUCAUAUCAUUUUACUCUGGACACAGCUGUCUGUGGAACCACAAAUCAGAGAGCUACAGAAACAGGCUGUUGAGACAGAGCAUGUUGGAGACGCUGAGCAGCCUCCUGUCUGACAAUGAGCCAGUCCCUUUCACAGUGGAAGACAUAAAGACAAAGUUCAGGAACCUGCGAACCAUCUUCCAACGCGAACACAAGGUGGUGAGCUCAAACAAAACAUGUGGUUCGGAGGACUUUUACCUUCCAAAGUGGAAACACUACCGCGAGCUGAUGUUCCUCUGCGACUCCUGCGAUGAGGACGAGCGACCAGAAGACCCCCACUUCCAUGAACCGCAUGAAUCCAGUCUCCUCCACCUGGACAGCCAUGUUCUUGACAGCCAUUACUACAGCGCUAACCAAACUGCUACUAAUCUGAACAUCACCUCACGUAGCCUCAAAGCUCCUCCCUCGCCUACUCCCCCAGACUCACAGCACUCCUCCCCCUCCUCUUCCCCCUCUACAUCCUCCUCAUACACUGACAGCAGAGUGUCUGGACGCAAGCGAGCGAGCCAUCGCCUCAAGCCCCCCUCCAGCGAGGUGCUAGACAUCAUGAGUGCGUUCUGUCAAAGCCAGAUGGUGUCAGCGCACGCAGGAUUCCUCAAGUAUGUGGAGGAGUGUCUGAACGAGACCCCGCCAGACAAAGUGAAGAAACUGAAAAAGAAGAUAAUUGAGACAAUCCACAGCGUGUCAGAGGAGGUUUAGUGUUUCACAGUUUGUGGAGCUCAAAUCAGUCUCAUUGAGGUUUUGUUUUUUCUUAUUCCAGUAGCUUUCUAAUAGCUGUCAUGUCAUUCCAUUGGACCUUGUUUAAAACUUGUAUAAGGUUCUAACAGGUUCAGCAUCUGUCUCCAAAACCUCUGUAAUCCACACAGUGAAGAGCAUGUUAUGAUAAAGUCCUCUUCACAUAUUCUGCGGCAUCAUUGCUUUAGCGGCCGAAAACUGUAGUUUACCUGUAAGGAGAGCAGAGACA